CAAACAUAGACUAGGCGUCUCGUUCUCUCAAGCCUUCUCGCCGCCUUCCUCCCCCCAGUUCCCAGUUCAACCCAGGGUCCAACUCUUUUCUUUGCUUUUUAAAUCUUUCGAUUCGUCGGUUCAACAUCGCCGUCACAAUUCUCGGUUUUAUUUUCCCACCGCCUUUCUUCGUCUCUCGUCUCGCCUCGGAUCCCCUGUUGGUCUGUUCCUCGAUCUACCUUACAAGAUAUACCACGGACCAACGCGUGGUGUCAUUAUCGUUAUCCUCCCUCCUAAUAUUCCCCAAUCCCGUCCUAUUCCUACUCCCCUGUCUUACCUUACUCGCAUCGCAACUCCCACCUUCGAGUUUAUUGUGAGCUGGAUCUAAGAAUCUCUCCGUAUACUCGAUUCAUGCAUCGACCGAUAUAGAAUACCUAUCUAGAUACACUUGCGCCGUUGCUACUUAAUCUUAUCCAUCGUGUCUCCUCAUCAUCUGCCCACCAUGCCGUACAACACCCGUCGCAAAUCGUUGUCGCUGCCGUCACUCGGAAUCCACAUCCCAGUAAAUCGAUCUUCGUCUAAUAAUUCUAGUAUGGCAUGCUCUAGAUCAUCCUCUGAGAGCUCGUCGCACCCGAACAAGAAGAUUAAACGGUCUCACAACGACACUGCAUCGUCUGCUAACUCUGUACCUGCCUUUAAGUCGGUCGCUACGCCUAUCAAAUAUGACCGCACGCCGCCGCCCUCGCCUGGGCUAAAAACCUCCAUCGAGAUGGAUGAAUCUGAGCUAUCGGUGCUAUCCGAAUACACAGAGAUUAAGAAAGUCGACUUAGAAGGCAUAAACGAUGAGAUCGUCGAGGCUGUCAUUGUGCGACUACAGGAAACCCGCAACCGACCACAUCUAGUAAAGGAACUAGCCACCAUUCUCAUAGAUCAAGUCAAAAUAGUACAACAGUCCGCGAACCCUUGCGCUAUCAUCUCUUCCCGACUGUCUACAUAUUUGAAGCGAUCAUGUUGGUCUGCUAUAGCUCCUUGUCCUCUGGCUAAAGAGCUAGAGACUGUCCACCCUCGGCGCACAUACUUUUACCUAACAACCUGCCCUCAUUUACCUCUACCAGACCCUUCCGCGCAACGCGCAAUCAUUACACCAUCACUAUCAAGCUCGGCAUCUACUUCUGAAGAUGCUGACUGCGACCGAAGCAGAGAGCUUAGUAUGUCGCCUGAAGUAGAUCUCUCAUCGCCCGAGUUUGAUGAUAUGGAUGAAGAUAUACCGAUGCCAGGCACACCGAUGGGCUCAGUAUCAGGGCGCCACCGGCCACUUAACGUGCCGCGCAACCAAAGAGGAGAGGAGCCCCCGCUAGAGAAGGACGAAAAGGAGUUUACACAAACAGCAGACGGACUUCAAAAGCGGAAGGCUAGCGGACAUCUUCUUCGAGCUGAUCCCCUUGACCAAGUGUCGAUAGACGACGGCAUGCAGAAUGAGCAGCUCUUUGGCGAACCUCCCAGGACUCUUGCGCCUUCUCUGCUACCGCAUAUGGCAUUCUUGACUAGUCCAGCAAUGCGACCUAGUUUGAUAAUAGCGACGAAAAGAGACCAUGAAGCCGAGAAUUGGACCAAAUUAGACGCCGCUCUUGAAUGGGAUAGGAGUCCCGAGACUAUUGAGCUGGAUGAGCUUGAUUGCUUACUCGACGACUUCUAAAUGCUCAUUCUUAAUGGGCUAAUAUCUUUACCUCUCCUAAUUAUUUGAUGACCACUGGAUGAUAGGUUAAUACGUGCAGCCGGCACGCGUUAGCCUUGUAUGAUGAUGGAAGAGACGGCCGCGUUGACGAACCAAAAAGGAGUUGGGGCGAGAUGGCGCUAGUCGGUGCAUUUGAUUUUUAUUUGCUUGCUAUUUCCCGCGUUCUGCAUCUAUUCCUUAUUUCGUGCCAUUUAUUUCCCGAUUAGAUGAUUGCGCGUCUAUGACCGACAUAGUUGGUUGCUGGCUAAGGGGGAUGUACGAAUAUCAUUAGACGUAGCGCUUAGAUUAUGACAGGGGAUGGGCCGCAUGAUGAAGGCCUGGGGUCCACGGCGAAGUGAAACAUCUCGUUUCUGAAGCGAACGGAGAGGGGAAGAAUAGCUGCGUCGUUUGUCGCCUGAUUUCUACAAAAACUGGGAAUCAAUCUGUACAAGUAGAAGACCUCAAAAGAAGCUGGCAAGAAUGUGGCCGGUUAGCUAGAGCGCUUAGAUCUUAGUUGGAUGAUGGACUUUUACAAGGCGGGCUGGAAUAAAAAAGGAAAAACGGCGCCCAAAAAUGCGAAAAGAAAUCCCCGAUCAA